CAAUGAGUCACCCUACCAUCAUCCAUCUAUUUAGUCAUAUAAUAAUAAUUAAUUUUAAACCCAGCUGUCGUUGGUAAGGCCUAUCAGACGAAUCCCUCGCAUUCGAGUGCUGCGCGUUGUUUAUUACAACUGUCUUGCGCCGUUUGUUGAUAUCAAAUCCAGUAUCCAAUUUGCUGACUUUGAUUUUUUAUUUACUAGAAAUCACAAUCUUGUUUUGUGGAAAGUGGAAGUGGAUUGUAUAAAAAGUGAGUGAUAGUUUCGAUUAAAGUGUUGUGUAAGGCAAAAUAUUUGUAAAUAGAACAAAACAGAUUUAAAUGACUGAAACCAUGGAUCAGGAACAGGUAGUGAUGACUCCAAAAUGCAAAACCCACAAUUCUACUACUCUAAUAAUAGAAAGACGAAAAAUAAAUAAAGCGAAUGACAAAAUGCACGUAGCUGGAGGUGAACAUACAGGAAUUAUUAUCAAUAAAGAAACAGCAUCAGAAAAUGGAGUCUCACCACCAGCGCAGCUCUCUCUAGAAUUCAGAGUAUUUCUAGUAAAUAAAGAAACAGGUAAACAUACUCAAGAAUCUCGAACGAUAAGGUUUUGGUUCAGAGAUACCACAGAUAGCCAGGACGAGAUCGAUGGAGGCCAAGCGGGAGUUGCCCAAGAUUUUUUCAGAGAAUUGGUCAGCCCCCAAGAAUUCCCUAGAGACUACGUUGGUUUUAUAAAGAAAAUAAUGAAAUUGAUGCAACAUAGUUUCAAAAGUAUAGUCAAAUUAGAAGUAGAAUUAAGGCAACUAGAAGAAACAGUAGAAGUUCCUUCACGACCACUUUCAGCGGAAGAGAAUUCCUUAGGUCAUAUUGUGGUACUAACCGUAGAAAAAGUUUUAGAAAUAAUAGAAUCGUCAUAUCCUAAUCCGAUUACAAUUAAAGAUAUUGCUAGAGACAACGGCUGGGAUGAAGAGGAAGUUGCACAGUGUAUAUCCCAACUCCAAUCCCGUCAAGUGGUCAAAGCUAUGGAACAUGGUGCAUUCACUCGUCAACAAUCUCAUGAUACCCAUCAAGUUACUAUCGUCAAACAGAUGCCAACUGUCGCCAGUUCGAAACAACCCACUAUCGCCAUAAUUACUGCCCAAUAUUGCGAGAAAUUAGCUGUAGAUGCCAUGAUCGAAAAUAAGGAGACUUUCGUUAGAUAUACCACAGUGGGUCCAACGAGUCCUAUGGGAGAAGGAAGGCCUAGAUUUGGCGAAUCCAACGUAUACACUCUUGGUAAUAUAGGAGCACAUAGAAUCGUGUGCACCAAGUUACCGUCUGUCGGUCACACUAGAGAAGCGAUGACAGCUGCCGGUAAUACAACUACAAGACUCUUAGGAACCUUCCAAAAAGUGGACUACGUAUUUUUAGUGGGUGUUGGAGGUGGAGUGCCACAUUAUACGGAUUACAAUAGACAUGUAAGGCUGGGCGAUGUUGUUAUAUCGUCUCCUGUGAAAAACAAGAACAUAUAUUUCUAUUGCGAAUCAGCAAAAUCGACGGACAAAGGCAACGAAUUUGAAAUUAAACCCUACAGUCCAUCGAACGUCAAACUCCAGGAAAUAGCUACACAAUUAAAACUAUCGACAGAUGCAGACAGUGGGCUAACUCCACCUUGGUUAAAUUACUUGAGAGACGGCUUAAACAUUUUGAGUAAUCAAACGGAACCGGACUUCAAAAUGCCCGAUAGUGAGACUGAUAAGUUGUAUAUGAGUAUAGGAGAGAAGGACUUGAUAGAGGUUGCACAUCCCGUGCCUCAUGAUAAUUCUAAAAAAAGACUUGAUGGCUGUCCUCGCAUCCAUCUUUCAACAAUAGCGUCUGGUCGUCAAGUGGUGAAAGACGACCGACUGCGACAACAAUUCGCCAACCAAGUCGGUGCUCUGGCGUUCGAUUGCGAGUUCGAUACAGUGAUAGAAUCGAUUUUGGGCAACUGUAAAGAUAGCUUCUGCAUCAUAAGAGGAAUAUCCGAUUACAAAGACGGUACUAGAAGGAAAGAAUGGCAGCCCUACGCUUCAUUGGCAGCUGCCAGUGUUAUGAAAGCUAUCGUCUGUGGAAUGGAGAAUUAGUAGAAAUAGGUUCUUAUUUCGUCUACGAGAUAUUUUGUUAUUUAUUAUAAUGAUCAAAGAGCAGGUUAUUUUAGAAACAAAUUAAUAUAUUUCCUAAAGAUUUUAAUAGUAAUUUUAAUUUUCUUAUUAUAUUUUUUUAGUAUAGACACAAAAACCCAUAAUUUGGUAUGUUUAUUCAAUUAUCAUCAACAUUCACCCUUCCACUCUUAUUCUGGACAUAAACCAUGGAGCACAUCUAAGAUUUUUCUUACUUGUUAUUUUUGUGGUGCUUACAUUCUAUUAUUUAAGAUCAUAGUGCACCCGUGCACGUGGAUAUUGAUUUGUCUCCUCUGUCAACUAUAUAUGCAUCCUUACUCAAUUUUAUCUUUCUUAUUUCUGUUCUUACAUUAAAGAUCUUGUUUAUCUUCACAAAUCCGCAUUAAUAACUUCGUUUUUAAAAAAUAUCCACAUCUUUGCCAUGCAUAUAAGUAUUUUCGCUCUAUACAUAUAACAACUAUAGCACUUUAGUUAAAUAUGGUGUUUAAUUGGUGGUAAAGGUAGGUAGGUGACAUAAAUUGUAGGCACGAUGUAGAAAAGAGAUAUUGCGAUACUAUUUUAACCGUAUUAAACUAUUAACGAUAUACUAUCAAAAAACUAAUUCAGCUGAAUUGAAACUAGCUGUUUUAUUUUGUAAUUAUCCGCAUCAACCACGCAAUAUUAUAUUAUUAUCGUUAUAAACCUUUUGGUUAGUGUAUGUAUAUGUGUUGAGUAAAUGUCUUGUUACUAAGCAGAAUCGGCCUGAUUGUCUAUAGAAAGAGUCACUUACUACAUCCGAACGACUACGGCAUCUCGGACGAGUACCGUUUUGAUGAAUAUAAGAAUUUCUCUUUUUUUUAUUAGAAACAUUCCCCAGUUAGGUCGGAUUCGAACCUGCGACUCACCUAGCUUUCACUAUACAGCGCUAUCAAAAUUAUCGAUACAUAAAAAUUGUUGGUACAUCAAAAAUAAGGCUGCAGAGUUUCCUUAAAGGUAUCGUAGCAACAGCUGAAUAGUAAAACAGUUAAAAAAUAUAUGGUCUUCCAGUUCAACAGUUUUACUGUAACUUCUUGCAACGUAUUUUACUCGUUAAAAGGACAUCAACAAAUAGCGAAUUACUGUGUCAAAUUUUUUUGUUCAUUGAACAACUUUAUAUUUCUAGACCGAGAUUCAUCCAGUCCCCGCUAUUUUAUUUUUUCUAUUUAUCCGUGUUAAACGGUUUUACAGUAUUCGAUAGAUUUUCGAAAUUAGCAGUGAUGCAUACAGUAUCGGAUCUAGACAUUUGUCUUAUGAGGGGAACUUUCAAUUUGGGGAGAGGAACUUCCACUAGAUAAAAGAUAUAAAAUGAUAGUUUUUCUUUAAUUUUGGACCUGGGGUGGAGAAAUUUCACGUUUUUCAGGAGGAGGGGAGAAUUUCCCUUUUUUCACCCCCGUGUAUCCGCCCCUGGAUGCAUUCGUUAUAUAUAAAACCUUUCACUCGAGACUUGUACUCCAAAAAAACGGACUCAUUCAAUACAUUUACACAAUACACCAAGCGAUUCACAUGAGAGAAACCUAACGUUUUUUUAUCGAAUAUCAAUCAAGCAGCCAUUGCAGUGUAGUCUUUUUGAUACAAACGUGCCUGUUUGGGUAUAUUGAUUCGUCUACUAUUUACUCAUAAAUGUCCUUGAACCAUUGUAAAAAUGGUUGCUUUCUCCCGGAGUCUCUUCUAUCUUCUUCUUCUUCCUCGACCUUUCCCUUUUCAGGGGUAGCUGUUCCUUACUCUUCUUCGCCUCUCAUUUCAGUCCCUCGUAUCUUCAUUUAAAUCUUUUCCCAAGUCCUCUGCAAAUAGUCCUUUUUCUUCCCCUCGAUUUUCCUCUUUCUCUAUUUCUCUCCACUUCUAACAGUUCUAUCCUUCAUCCUACAUAGUUUUCAUUUCUACGCCUGACAUCAACGCAGGUCUCACAACACUUAUGUUUCCUUUCAGUUAUGCCCCGGUUUUUCUAUCAUAGAGUACCCCGCUCAUUCACUUCCAGUAAACUAACCAGCCUCUAUCCUGUAAUUUCUCGAUCUAGUGUCCCAUUUUCCGUUAUCUAGAAAUCCUCCUCCUCCUAAGUGCCUUCUCUAUUGAGGUUGGCGAUCAAUAUGGCAAAUUUCUCUCUGUUCUGGGCUUGAUGGAUUAAGUCAUUUCCUGUCUGUCAGUAGAUCCAUAACAACAGUAAACAGAUAGGGACUUAGUGAAGGAGCUUGAAGUAAACAAACCGUCACUGGAAAAACUUUUAGUCAAUCCGGCACAAGUCCUUACUUUGGUGUAAGUUUCCUCAUAUAUAUCUUUCUCGAACCUUAUAUACUUCUCAGGAAUCCAUAUUUCUUAUAAAUCUCUAUAGAUCUUUUCUAGGAGCUGUAUCAAUCUUGGUAUCAAUGCAGAUCGAUUGAUUUGUCUAGAGCAGCAAGUUCUAAAAUAAAAAUAGCCAUUAUGAUUGCCAACCUCCAUAGGGAGACGGCACUAAGAAGGAGCUGUAUGGUACGCCUUCUCAAGAUCUAUAAAUACCAAAUGUAUUCUCGUCGUAUUUCUCUAUUACGAGUCUCAAAACAAAAAAGGCAUCCGUUGUCCUCCUUCCUGGCAUAAACUCUUCUCUCUUUUCCCUUUUAUCCUACCCAUCAAAGUCGAUCUUAUUAUCUUAUAUUUAUCAGCUCUCAUGGGUCCCAAAUAGAAAACUUCUUGUUAGUUUAUAGUUUGUACCAGUUCACAUUCGGUUACAGUUCUUCUUAAUACCUUCUCGUUUGUCACAUGAUUAACCCAUGAGAUACACAUUAGAUAGCUCAACGUUUACUUUGAGAAUGCUUUUUUAUGCGAUUGAUUGAAUUAAUUUGAGAGACCAUGUUUUAGCCCCGUGUGCUAUUAUGGGCCAUAUAUAACAUUUUAUCAUGCAGAGUCUUAGAUUAUAAGAAAAAGGAAAAAUAAGUAUGUUUGGAAUUUCGCUGUUCUUAUUUUUAUUUCUACAUCAAUAUGUAUUUUAUAAUAUGCAAAGCAUCUUCAGGUCUCGAUAAAGUUAAAUAAAUGCUGAAAUAAUAAUAAACCCAUAUUAGGGUGUUGUCUAAUAAAGAUAAACAAAGUAGAUGUUAUAAAUUACAGUAAUUAUGCCAAUAUUACAUGUCUGUGGUUUUCCAAAUUGAAUAAAAGGAAUAAAAAAGUAUAAAAAGUUUUAACAGACAAGGUAAGACCCAAAAAUUGUUAUAAAAUAGUCUAUUAGAUUGUAAUAAAUUAAUAAUAUUAAUAAAUGAGCCAGUAAAUAAAACAUUACUUACAUGCCGGUACUUUAUUAAUUGAUGGAUGGUAAAACAUGGUUGAAACUAUCAUGUAUUGUUGAAUAUAUUUUUGAAUAAAUUUAUAACAAAUUUAUUCGAUAAAUUGAUCAAAAUACUAUGGAUUUUUGGCGAUUUGACAUACAUGGCUAUCUUGCAACAGUAGUUGAAACUUAAUAGAUGCGUGCACCUGUCAAAAACAUGGACAAAUGCUUGGAAAAUUGGUUAUUAGAUUUUGUUCCAAUAAAGAAUGUCUCGUGUGAACACGCUACGUAAACGUUAUGUAAACGUGGCAUAAUAUAAUUUGUUCGGUAGUUUUAAGGGAAUUCUAUUGUAAUUGACAUAUACGUUUGUUAAAAUGCUGCAACCUGUGCAAAUCUGGCUAACAAUUUAUGUUCCCUACUUGCGCCUCUUAAUUUCAAUAAAUCUCAGAGUGAUUCUUUGACGUUUAUAUAUUUCUUCAUUUUUUUCAUCUACUGCUGAUGCCAAAUUGGUAACCAUUUCAGUUGAUUUGUAAUCCUACUCUACUUCUGGCUUAGGAGAAUAUUCUGAUAUAUUAUUUAUGUACCAGGUUGCCAAGAUUAUUUAUCUUACUUAUUAGUGCA